GGUGGGUGCGCGAGCCGCAGUGUGCGGCGCGCCUCCACGCCGACCGACCGUCUCGACACUGCAGCCAUGCGCGGUGUGCUACUCGCGCUGCUGGGCGCCGUCGCGCUGGGCCUGCCCGCCGCCGCCGCCGCGCGCCGGCUCGACCAGGACUUCGAGUUCGACGACGAUGUGGAGGGAGCGGCGCGGCGCCCGCGGCGGUACCUCUAUGACCCGAACAGCCCGCUGUGCCGCGCGCUGGUGUGCGCGCGCCGCGAGCAGUGCGUGCUGCGCGACGAGCGCACCGCGCUCUGCGCAGACCGCGCGCGUCUCCUGCGCAACGGAGAUGUGGUGGUGAACGCGGAGUCGGAGGCGGUCCGCGAGGACGACGUGUUCUACGAGUCGUCCGCACCCGCGCCCGCGGGCGGCGGCGGCGGCGGCGGCGGGGGCGGCGGCGGCGGCGACCAGCGCUGCGUCGGCUGCGGCUCCGUGCCAAGGGCACAGUUCCUAUGCGGCUCCGACAAUCGAACGUACUCAUCCCUCUGCCGCCUCGACUUGCACAACUGCGUGCGCCGGCCCGCUCCGCCCGUGGCGCUCGCGUGCCGCGGGUUCUGCCCUUGCCGCCACCGCGCACAGGACUCAUCUGAACAUGACGAGUGGCACCGCCGCGGCCGCCGCCGCGGACGCCGGCCGGCGGCGGCGGCGCGCGACAACGCCGUCCCCGCGCGGCGCCGCGAGCGCCCCGCCCCGCCCCCCGCCGCGCCCGACGCCGAGGGCUGCGCGCCCGACAAGAUGGCCGACCGGUUGCUCGACUGGUUCUCCGUGUUGAUGGACGAGGCUGGGGAAUCGCCGCCCGACCGCCACGGGUUCCCUCGUGACUGCAAGCCGGAGACGCGCUGGAUGUUCGCGCACCUCGACACCGACGGCGACGGGAUGUUGUCGUCCACUGAACUGUAUGCGCUUAGGCACGACUCGCGCGAGCGCUGCCUGCGGCCGUUCCUGUCGGGGUGCGGCGCGGGCGCCGGGCUGGUGCCGCGCGCGGGCUGGUGCGGCUGUCUGCGCCGCGCCGCGCGCCCCUGCCUCGCGCUGGCUAGAGCACACGCGGCCAGGGCGGCGGGGGGAUACGUGCCCGCCUGCGACGCGGCCGGCUACUACCGGCCCAGGCUGGUGCGGCUGUCUGCGCCGCGCCGUGCGGCUGUCUGCGCCGCGCCGCGCGCCCCUGCCUCGCGCUGGCUAGAGCACACGCGGCCAGGGCGGCGGGGGGAUACGUGCCCGCCUGCGACGCGGCCGGCUACUACCGGCCCAGGCUGGUGCGGCUGUCUGCGCCGCGCCGCGCGCCCCUGCCUCGCGCUGGCUAGAGCACACGCGGCCAGGGCGGCGGGGGGAUACGUGCCCGCCUGCGACGCGGCCGGCUACUACCGGCCCAGGCUGGUGCGGCUGUCUGCGCCGCGCCGUGCGGCUGUCUGCGCCGCGCCGCGCGCCCCUGCCUCGCGCUGGCUAGAGCACACGCGGCCAGGGCGGCGGGGGGAUACGUGCCCGCCUGCGACGCGGCCGGCUACUACCGGCCCAGGCUGGUGCGGCUGUCUGCGCCGCGCCGCGCGCCCCUGCCUCGCGCUGGCUAGAGGACACGCGGCCAGGGCGGCGGGGCCGGCGGGGGAUACGUGCCCGCCUGCGACGCGGCCGGCUACUACCGGCCCAGGCUGGUGCGGCUGUCUGCGCCGCGCCGCGCGCCCCUGCCUCGCGCUGGCUAGAGCACACGCGGCCAGGGCGGCGGGGGGAUACGUGCCCGCCUGCGACGCGGCUGGCUACUACCGGCCCAGGCAGUGCCACGCCGCGCUCGGCGUGUGCUGGUGCGUGGACGCGCACGGGCAGGAGCUGCCCGGGUCGAGGGGCAAGGGCGCGCCCACGUGUCCCGGCGAAAAGCUGUCAGCGAACGCUAUCAGCUUGAGCAACGAGACGGGCGAAGACGCGCAAGAAGCGCAGGAGCGAGCGCGCGACAAGCACGCGCACGAGCGCGACCCCGCCGCCGCCCCCGCCGAGCACGACGCGCGCGGCGCGCCCGCCGACGACGAGGACGCGCUCGCCGCCGGCAGCGGCGACGCCGAGCUGCGCUUCUGAACACCGAGAGCGAGCUGUCGCACAGCAUAAACACGACCCCACCGUUGUAAUAUAUAUAAUUGCUCUUUCAAUCCGAAGAUAAUAUAAGAAGGAGCCGACACGGGAGCGACGUCGCCAUCAGAUGUACUGUACCUACCUAACAACGUGCCUAAGGGUGUAGCAGUAGGUUCUAUCAGUUCGAUGUCAUGUUCACCACACCAUACACCAUACACAAGGAUAUUAUUGUACACCAUAUAGACACCAUAGUUAACAGCAUUUAUAGACACGGAUAUUUUUGAUGGCGACGGUGCAGUUUAUACUUGGAAAAUAAAAUACAAUUUUAACAAUGUACUAAAGCUGUAAAAAAUCUACAUGUAAUUAUAAUACGUCCUUUUGAUUUGUUCGGUCUCAAAAUCUUUAGCUAACGGCGCGAUUCGGGAAACGAAUUAGACAUUCGCUAGAUAUGAAAUAGUAACGAUAUGUGACGUUCCACGGCAAAAGGUACCUUAUGGCCGCUAUAAUAUUGGAGCGGCUAUAAUAAUAGCGUUUAAGCGCCUUCCGUCAUAGGGUACCUACCUUUUUUCUUAGAACGUCACAUAUCGUUACUAUAUCUAGUGAAUGUCUAAUCCAUUUCCCGAAUCGCGCCGUAAGAAAUUGAUACACGAAAGAUUUUCAUUCACUUCUUUAUUUGGAAAUAUGGGCACAGUUGUGAUGAGUCUGAUGUCCUUGAAACAUGUACAAUCGGCAGCAAAAGUACAUAAACAAAUCUUUAGUUCACGACAAACUUUUUAAAAAGAUUAGGUACUUACAUGGAUGAAACAGUACAAUACUCGUAAUAUGAAACUAUCAUUGAAAUGCUAUAGUACAUUUCGAUGCUAGUGCGGAAGGUAUGUCAUUACUUCACGAGUACCGAGAUAUCUUGCCACGAGCCGCAGGCUUCCGCACGUGUAUCGAACGACGUUUUUUAAUACAGUUGCGAAAAAAUAAGAAAAACAUUGUUAAUCGUACACUAAACAAAAGUGGUAACAGUGACAGCUCGGUUAGACGUCGUCUUUUAGUAUAUUAUAUCUAUGGGCGUUUGGCAGCUAUUCCGUUCCAUUCAGUCAACUUAUUAAGAACGGAAUUUUCAAUAUUGAAUAUUAAAAAAUAAACGUGUUAUAAUGAUGAAGAGGUAAGUAAUUAAAUAUGAAAUAUGUCAUAUUUUUCGUAUUCUUACAUUAACGGUAGGUUUUUAUGCUGAUUACGACGUUUAAAGGAAACUAAUAUUAACACUCAUCAAUAAGUAGUCGUGAAUUGGAACAAGUAUAAAUUUAAAAAAAUUGGAAAAGUAAAAAGCACUAGUUCGAGAUAACCAACUUUCCGCACGCUAAACAGCUACGUAAAGUAGCACUUUUGGAGCAACUGUAUUAAAAUAGUACAUUGUGUAUUAAGGGCGGGAAAUAAGAAAUUACGAACGAGUGUCAAUUUUAAGCCCGACGCGAAGCGAGGGCUUAAAAUGUUCACGAGUUCGGAAUUUCUUUACCGCCCGUGGCACACACAAUGUUUUUCAUCACACUUGUAAGGAAAAAAAGGAGAAUUAAUAAAAACAAACUUCUGUAUAAAACACUUUUCCGCCCUAGGGCGAAAAUUUCAAUUUCCCGCCCGCAAGCCCUACGUGUAAAUAAGUGUUUUUCAUCACACUUGCUCGGAAAAGAUUUUUUCCGCCCUAGGGCGAAAAUUUCAAUUUCCCGCCCGCAAGCCCUACGUGUAAAUGAAUCUUUUCCGAGCAAGUGUGAUGAAAAUAUAUUUUUCAGCAGAUGUCAUUUUAAUCUACUAUUUAUACUUACUAGAACUUACUUAAACUAUGUAGGAUGUUCAGGUAUUUAGUUUUAGAGCCCCAUUUCGCCGCAUGCUACCUGACAAAGCGGACCAUGAGUAGCCUCAGCAGAUAGAUUAGUUUACAUAAACACUAGAUAUUCUAAUUAGGUUCAAAUUAGUCGAGGAUUUAACUUUAGUUGAAUGAAUGACCUUGCAAACUAAUAUUGGUCUAAAAAGGGACCUGCAUCUGGCCUAAACUGUUUGCUCUUUUGAAAUAUUUAUUUACCGUCCAAAGAACAAACAAAAAGAUGAAAAAUAAAUAUAAAUUAGCAAAAGGUUGAUACUUAGCUACUCUUCCGAGAUAGUAUUGUUACUUUUUGUUCCAUUUAGAUGAAGUCUUUUGAUUCCGUGUAGGAAGCUUUCAUAGAAUAGUAUCAAAUUUAAAUGUUGUAUUAACAGGCAGAUUCAAGCCAUGUAACGGGCUAUGUACUUGAUAAAAUAUAUUUAUAGGAUAUGUUAAUGUUGAACCAUAAAAUGUUUUGGAGUGUGAAGUGUCAGACUAGAGGGUCUGUGUAAACAUGUAGGUAAUAAUAAUAAAGAUAGAAUAAGCUUAUGAAUGUUUGAUAUUACUAUAGUGAAGCCCUGCUCCGAUGAGAAGGGCCUCAGUAACAAGUCACAUUAGGUAGACAAUUAUUUGCACUUUUUUAAAUCUCACUGUAUGUAAUGUAACAAAAUAAAUAAAAUUUAGCCUGUAUGGUACUUAAUAACAAA